GCCCCUUAGCGUUUGGGGAAAAAGCAUUGUUCUAUUGCGCUUGCGCAGCUGUCAGUAGGACAAGAUGGCGACGAGCAACGGUGGUGGAAUGGAAGUGGAUGGGGCCGCCAGCCCCAGUGUUAUGGCGUCUGGGGUCACCGGCAGUGUCUCUGUUGCCCUGCAUCCUCUAGUCAUCCUCAACAUCUCAGACCACUGGAUUCGCAUCCGCUCCCAGGAGGGGCGGCCCAUGCAGGUGAUUGGCGCACUGAUCGGGAAGCAGGAGGGUAGAAACAUCGAGGUGAUGAACUCCUUUGAGCUGCUUCAUCAAUUGGUAGAUGACCGAGCACACAUUGACAAGGAGUACUACUACACCAAGGAGGAGCAAUUCAAACAGGUUUUCAAGGACAUGGAGUUCCUGGGCUGGUAUACCACAGGCGGUCCUUGUGACCAAUCAGACAUCCACAUUCACAAGCAGGUGUGUGAGAUCAUUGAGAGUCCUCUCUUCCUCAAGCUCAACCCAAUGACCAAACACACAGAUCUCCCUGUCAAUGUGUACGAGUCUGUCAUCGACAUCAUCAACGGAGAGGCGACCAUGUUGUUUGCUGAGCUGGGGUACACUCUGGCCACAGAAGAGGCGGAGCGAAUCGGAGUGGACCACGUGGCUCGCAUGACAGCCACUGGCACAGGGGAGAAUUCAACGGUGGCAGAACACCUCAUAGCCCAACACAGUGCAAUUAAGAUGCUACACAGCAGGGUGAAAGUCAUCCUGGAAUACGUCAAAGCAGUGGAAGCAGGAGAGGUGCCGUUUAACCACGAGAUCCUCCGAGAAGCCAAUGCUUUGUGCCAUAGACUGCCUGUUCUCAGCACCAUCAAAUUCAAGACCGACUUCUACGAUCAAUGCAAUGACGUGGGCCUCAUGGCUUACCUAGGUACCAUCACCAAGACCUGCAACAGCAUGAACCAGUUCAUCAACAAGUUCAACGUGUUGUACGAUCGACAGGGCAUCGGCCGGAGGAUGAGAGGACUGUUCUUCUGAGCGACACAGAGAGUGGGAGAGAGAGAGAGAGGGAAUGAAAGAAGAGACGAAGAGGUCACAAGCACGGCAAAUGUUAAUUUGCUUGURUGUAUUUUGUUAGUUGUGUCUCAUCAAACCAGUUUACUGUUUUCAAAGGUAGCAAAUGCUAGAAGUGUCUCAGACGACUUGUCUACCCCAUAAAAUCACACACAGACUUCUCACUCGCAGUUUAAGGUUUGUGACUAUGCACAUUAACGAAUCCAUGUACACGAACAGAAAUUACUUUUUUUCCCUUUCGCUUUGUUUUGUUCCAUGUUUCUGUAAGUAAUAAAUGAUCUGCUGAUUUUU